CUGUGACGUCGGGACGCCGCCAGAGGUUUGCCUGCUCUCUCCGGCACGUGCGCCAAGUGAGAGCACGUGAGGAAAAACGUGUCUCGAAUUCAGAGCAUAUCAUUUUGACAUUUUGUUAUUCUUAUCAAGAUUACUAUCAUCAAACGAUAAAAUCUCCAGUUGGUAGCUUGGUUGUUUCUACUCGGUUGCUAGGUGACUUGGCGAGUGACACUCGUCAAAUGAAUAUGCAAAUGAGACAGCGGUGACGGGCUAAUUAACGCGAAGCUAAUAAUAACCCACAUGGUGGUGGGUGAAACCGUAAUAAAAGUGGCCUUUUUUUAUUUUAUUUUUUUUAAUAACGUUCCCGUCGUUCUGUUUUCGAUUGUGUCGUCAUCACUGAAUGCUAAGCUAAAUUAGAGCUAGCUAAUGAGGGUAACAGAGCGCAUGUCCUCCCCCUCCCUCCCUCCUCUCAUCCAUCCAUCCCUCGCUCCUCUUCCCAACAUCCCUCAUCGUCAUUCUUCCAUUCGGAGUCAUCCGAGUGCCUCCAAAGUGUUCUUGGACUAGGAUCCGACCCGGUUCGUUCUCAUCGUGAUGACGCAAGUGGUUCCGACUCGUCCGGCUGCUUUGACAGCUCUGGCCCCUCCUCCUGCAACCCCGCUGACCAAUAGGAUGGCAUCGCCUUGUCAGUCGCCCGCCGGUCACAGGAGCCCCACAGAGCUGUCGAUGGUGCCGCGGGACAAAGAUUGUUGCGCACAGAAGCAGCGAGAGCGUGUGACGGCGGCGCCGAGGCGCAAGGAUCAGCAGCGCCGCCUGCCGGCCGAGGAAAAGCAACAGCGGCGGCAGCAGCAGGAGGCCGAGAAGGAGAGGCUGGAGGCCCUGGUGCGCCGGAGAGCCGGGUGCGGCGGCGCCGAGCGCCGGGGAGGAGGAGAGGCCCACGAGCAGCUGGACAACAGGCCCAAGCGAUGGACGUGGGGGGGGCCGCCGGAUGGUGUGGGGGGUAACACUAAGACCCCGCCCUGCCACGCCUUUGGCUCCGCUCAGCCCAAUCGGCUCCCCGCUGCUUCCAGCACCCACCAAACCCGUAACGCCUGUGAAUUCUUGGCCCCGCCCACCCCGUCCGAUCAGCCAAUGAGCAAGCAGCUGUCCAACUCGUCCGCUGCCCUCCACUCCCCAGAGACAGCUUCUUCCAACAAGCACAGAGCUCACAGAAGUUCCUCCAACCGCAGAAGCGUCGCCGCAUUCCCCGAGGAGACGUCUCGAGCUGGAACGCCCACGGGAGAGGCUCCUGCUGCACCUGUUCGCAAUUCCUCCUUCAGAGCGAACAGUAAAGGUCCUGCUACGCCAAAAAGGGUGCGAGCGAGCAGAAGUCGGGCUCAGUCGCCCUGCUCGCCGGGUCAGUACCCGCCCUCCCCUCUCCGGCAGAGGGCCACCACUCCCGGCGGCGACGACAGGGCUCACCACGGCACCUUGGACAGGAAGUCUGGCAAAUGUGAAAGCUCCGACAAGAAGAUCCAUAAAUCUACCAGCCGAGAAUUGUGUGCAGAGUCCCCGGGAACGCCGACGGGCCGCAGCGUAGGCGGCACCAUGGACGCCGAGGAGGCAUCGCGACUGCUGGCCGAGCGCCGCCGCCUGGCUCGGAUACAGAAGGAGCAGGAGGAACGGCAGCGGCGGGAGGAGGAGCUGCUGCGAGCCGAGGAGGAGCGCAGGAGGCAGCAGGAGGCCCGGGAGCUUCAGGAGAGCGCGGCACAGCAGGCGGAGGAGGAGCGAGCCCAGCGCGAGGAGGAGAGGAAGAGCAGAGAGGAGGAGGAGCGCCGGCAGAAGGAGCAGCGAUGGAAGAACAUGCAGGAGCAGCUGGACAAGGAGAGGGAGGAGGCCUUCCAGCGAGCCCAGAGAGAAGCUGAGAGGAAGAGGAGGGAACGGGAGCAGCUUCACAUCCAGGAGGAGCAGGAGAGGCAGCAGAGGAAGAAGAGAAUUGAGGAAAUCAUGAAAAGAACACGCAAGAGUGACGUGGAAGCUCCGCCCGCUGCUGGAGCGUGCGACGUGAGGUCCGAAAUGGCGGCGCUCGUCCUGGAGGAGGACGCCCCGACUCCCGCCGAGGCUCCCGUCAUCCUGCUGGGCCCCCUGGAGAACAAGAGCUGCGUGGACGAACUGUCAGACGGCGUCCAGUCUAUGGACGUCAGUCCAGUGUCUAGGGACGAGCCGGCCAGCGCUCAGGAGUUUUCGCCGGUGACGGGCGGGCACGGCGUCGGAUCUGGCGAGGUGGACGUGUAACCUGCUGGACGUGGACGCGCAGGAGAUUUGCAUCCUCGGCUUCUCGACUGAAUGCAGCAGCGAUCGUCAUUUUCUCUCCAGAAAGAGCCACUGCUCAUCAGCGUUCAACCCGAUGGCUCCCCGAAAACUUCCCAAAAUGAGCACACGUAGCUUCUUCAGUAACUCCAAACUUCACUGGUUGAUUUAGCGAUUGAAUGAUGACACGUCGCAAUUUGCCAAUUUGUAAUGUUUGUUAACAACGGGGGCCGGGAUACUUUCGGGUGGCAGAAGGCGAGGAAAACGG